CAUCUUUGCUCACUGAAGAUAAAGCAAGCAAGAAAAAGGAAACAACAGCCAAGAAGAAGAAGAAGAAGAAGAUAAUGAGGCAUUUCGUGCUAGUCCAUGGCGCCGGCCACGGAGCCUGGUGCUGGUACAAGGUGAUCGCCGAGCUGAAACAAGCCGGGCACAAGGUCACCGCCCUGGACAUGGCCGCCAGCGGGAUCGAUCGACGGCAGGUGGAAGACGUGCAUUCUUCCGACGUCGAGUACUCGGAGCCGCUGUUCACCUUCAUGGCUUCUCUCCCGGCGGGCGGCGAGAAGGUGAUUCUGGUGGGCCACAGCAUGGCCGGAUACACCUUGUGCAUGGCCAUGGAGAGGUUCCCGGAGAAGGUCUCGGUCGCCGUCUUUCUUUCCGCCGGAAUGCUGGGGCCUGAUUUGACCUUCGAAAUGGUGAAUAAGAAGUAUGCUGAAUUCUCGCUAAUGGCGGACCCGAUGGAUUGUCAAUUGAUAUAUGGGAACGGCCCGGAUAAGCCUCCAACAGCCAAUUUGAUUGGCCCCAAGUUCAUGGAGGCACAAUUCUACCGGUUUUCUCCCCGCCAGGAUCUGGAGCUGGGAAUAACGCUGGUGAGGCCAUGUCCAACGUGGGACAACGAAGAAGCUAGGAAAGACACAGUCUUGACAGUGGAGAAGUAUGGAACAGUUCCUCGUGCGUAUGUCGUGUGCGAUGAAGAGAAAGACGGCGCCUUCCAGUGGUGGCUGAUCGAGAACAACCCUCCGGAGGAACACUUCGUGAUUCCUGGUUCGGAUCACAUGGUCAUGUUUUCCCAACCUCUUCUUCUGUGUCAAUAUCUCCUCGAACUCGGAUCCAAAUACUUGUGAUCUCUCGUGGCAUAUUAGAACUGUAUCGAUCGAACUAGCUUUUUGUCUUUGCAUUGCAUUCCAUUUAGUUUCUGCCUCAUACAAAGUGCAUCCAUUCCCAAAGAGAUCAUCAAGUACAGUUCAUUCGUUUUUAACUAGUUUUGUGUGUGUUCAUCACUGGAUGGUGGUAAAUUGCAACUACACCAGUUCUCGACACAUUUACAUGUAGUGUUGGGAGAGCAUAUAACUGAGCAUAUGUGCCCACAAUCUCUAUCCUGCUUGCACUGGCUCAUGGGAUGAUAUCCUGAUCCGCUCGCCCUCGCCUCCACUCCUGCAUCUGCAAACAUGAAACAACAACAAUAGUUUUGUAAAUUAGCAAAUCUGUUUUGAGUUUAUGCCAAUGGAGAAGUGAUCGGAGAAGGAAGAGAUUGGAGAAGCUAUUCACUUUGUGUAAUAAGUAAGAGAGCAAGGAACAGGGCAAUCAGCAUUCUGGAUGUGUUCUUCAUUUUUUUUUUUUUGGUAUCUGGAUCCUUUUAUGCAGCAGUGAAAAGGUGAAGAAAUCUGCUGGUGGGAGGUUUUUAAUCUGUUGUGUGGGUGUGUAAUGAGGAUGAUUUCAUGUCAGAGGAGAGGAUCUCUGCUAUUUAUAAGCCAAGGUGUUGAGCUGUUGUGUGUUUCUUGAUAGCUGUAUGAUUGUUAUUUGUGAUAAGUGAUAGUAUUAUUG